CAUUUUUAUCACUAAAAAUUAGAUUAAUUAGGUAGGCUGAGGUUGGAUUUAAUUGAUUGGAGCUGAAUGCUGAAGAUGAGUUCCCGCAAAUUUUCCCAAUUAUAUCUACAAGUAAAGCAGAAGGACACUGUUUACAUCUAAUCAAACGAUAAUAGGGGAACCCUUGGUUCUCUGUCAGAUUCCAAAGAACAUCCUACUUAAUACUCAUAUGGAGUCAUGAGCAGAAAAACCACCACAAUUCUCUGCAAUCACAGGCUUCAAUUUCUCUUCUCUCUCAACCCCGGAAAGUCCCAUAUCAAACAGGUUAGUUCUGUCUUCUCUGUUAAAUCCCAUUGCUUCAGCACUACUUCUCUCACGGACCCUUCACUAUCAUCAACUUCUACUGCUCACCAAACAAACAAAACCCACAUAGAUUUAUCUCCUAUAAAUUGCAAUGGUAUCGCACAAUUUCUUAUAUUUAAAUGUCCCCAGUUCUUUGAUAAGGGCAAAAGCGAAAGAGAGAAUUUUGCUAAGGUUGCUUCUCUCAAAGAACUUCUUGUGGAUAUUUCUGAUCUAAUACCCGAUGUGACACGUCGCUUUAGGAGAAUUUUGAUAUUGAAACCUGAAGAUGUGCUUGAAAUAUUACUGGGUUUUCAAUUGGAGUGUGAAAGAGUUGCAAUUGAGGGUACAAAGGUUGAGUCUUUGUGGAGGCUUUUCAAAUGGGCAAGUGACCAAGAUAAGUGUUUUAAGCAUCUUCCGAAGUCAUAUGAAGUUAUGGCCUCGGUGCUUUUUCAGUAUGGGAUGCUUAGAGAGCUUCAGUUGCUGCUUUUGGCAAUGGAGAGGCAAGGAAUUUUGUUAGAUAACAAUGAAAUCUUCUCUAAGUUGAUUGAAGGGUAUGUUGGUGCUUGUGAUUUAGAAAGGGCGGUGCUGGUGUAUGAUCGACUUAGGGAGCAAGGUUUGGUGCCAUCGCUGUUCUGUUAUCAUGUUCUUAUUGAUCUUUUGGUGAGAAUGAGGAGAACCCAACUGGCAUUUCGAGUUUGUUUGGAUAUGUUUGAAACUGGGAUUAAUCUGAGUGACGGGGAAAUGGUUACGAUUGAUAAAGUCGUUAGAUUACUUUGUGGGGAUGGAAUGGUUCAAGAAGCAAGGAAUCUUUUGAAGAAGGUCAUGGCUUUGGGGUUUGAGCCUAGCAGCUCGGUUAUUAAUAACAUUGCUUCUGGUUAUUGUGAGAAGAAGGAUUUUGAAGAUUUGCUUAGCUUUUUUGUUGCAUUGAAACGUUCACCAAAUGUACUGGCUGGCAAUAAGAUAAUAAAUGGUUUAUGUACUAAUUUUGGUGUAGAGAGAGCAAAUUUAUUCAGGCUAGAAUUGGAGAAUUUAGGUUUUAGGCCAGAUGAGGUAACUCUUGGGAUAAUGAUUGGUUGGAGCUGUCGUGAGGGGAAUUUGAGGAGUGCCUUUAUUUAUUUGUCAGAAAUGUUAUCAACAGGCUUAGAGCCUGUUAUAUGGUCAUAUAAUGCGCUUAUUGGUGCAGUGUUUAGGGAGGGUAUGUGGAAGCAUGCUCAAGAUAUUCUUGUUGAAAUGGUAGACAGGGGAAUGACCCCAAAUUUGUCAACUUUUAGAACCCUUUUGGCAGGAUAUUGCAAAGCAAGACAAUUUGAUGAAGUGAAGAUGAUGGUCCACAAGAUGGUAGACCAUGGUUUAAUUGAACUCUCUUUGCUGGAUAACCCACUCUCCAAGGCAUUUAUGGUUUUGGGGCUCAAUCCAUUAUCUGUGAGGUUGAAAAGGGAUAAUGAUGUUGGGUUUUCUAAGACAGAAUUCUAUGAUAAUCUAGGAAAUGGACUGUAUUUGGAUGCUAACCUGAAUGAGUAUGAGAAAAGAGUAAAUGAAAUUCUUAAGGAUUCCAUGACACCGGAUUUUAAUUUGCUUGUAAUGAAGGAAAGUGAUCAUGGAAAUUUUAAAGCUGCAUUGUUGUUGAUAGAUGAAAUGGUUCGAUGGGGUCAAGAACUAUCUCUGUCUGUCUUCUCUGCAUUAGUGAAGGGGCUUUCUGCACCCCGAUCCCAUAUCAGGGCUUGCAGCCGUCUUAUUGAGAAAAUGCCAAUGUUGGCUAAGCAACUAGAUGAUGUAGUUCUUAAUUUGCUUGUCCGAGCAUACUGUAAGGGUGGAUUGACUUACAAAGGGAGGAUAUUUUUUGAUGAAAUGCUUCUGAGGGAUAUACCAAUUGAAAAUGGCACAUACACUGCUUUAUUGGUGGGACUAUGUAAGAGAGGAAAUUAUCAGGAUUUUCAUUAUUGCUGGGAGAUUGCCCGAAAUAGAAAAUGGUUGCCUGGGUUACAGGAUUGUAAAUCUCUUGUUGAAUGUCUAUUCCAUCGUAGGAUACUGAAGGAAGCGUUGGAGCUUCUUGAAAGCAUGAUGCUAUUUCAUCCUCACUUGAGGUCUGAAAUUUAUCAUAUGUUCCUUGAAAAGCUUUCCAUCACAGGCUUUACAAGCAUUGCACACAAGUUGGUGGAUGAACUGAUACAGCAGGGUUGUAUCUUUGAUGAUAUUGCUUAUAACCAUCUUAUAAGAGGGCUAUGCAAGGAGAGAAACUAUAGAGUGGCCUUCACGAUAUUAGAAACAAUGUUGGCUAGGAACUUAGUUCCAUGCUUGGAUGUUUCUCUUAUUUUGAUUCCGCAGUUGUGUAGGGCUGAUAAACUUGAUAAAGCUAUUGCUUUAAGGGAGAUUGUUUUGAGAGAGCAAUGUGCAUUUACGUUUUCCAUCCAUUGUGCUUUAGUUAAAGGAUUUUGUAUGACAGGGAAUGUUGGAGAAGCAGCCAAUGUAGUCCAGGAUAUGUUGUUGAAGGGGCUAUUUCCUGAUGCUGAAAUUUAUAACAUGCUAUUUCAAGGGUAUUGCCAAGCUAACAGCCUAAGGAACGUUAGGGAGCUACUUGGUGUUCUAAUUAGAAAAUUUUUAAGCCCCUCAAUCUCAAGUUACCAGAAUUUGGUGCGCUUGAUGUGUAUGCAGGGUAGUUUCACUUCUGCAUUAAGCCUGAAGGAGCUAAUGCUAGGACACAGUAGGUACCAUAGUCUCAUCAUUUACAACAUUCUGGUUUUCUAUCUUUUUUCAGCUGGGAACAGCUUGCUCGUGGAUAAAGUUCUAAAUGAAUUGCAGGAGAAGGGAUUACUUCUUGAUGAAGUUACUUAUAAUUUUCUUGUAUAUGGGUUUUCAGAGUGUAAAGAUGUGUCUAGUUGUCUACUUUAUCUGUCUACUAUGAUUUCAAAGGGAUUUAGGCCAAGCUAUCGCAGCUUAAGAGCAGCAGUAACCUGCCUGUGUGAUCUUGGUGAAUUUAGUAGAGCCUUGGAGUUGAGUCGAGAAAUGGAAGUGAGAAAUUGGGUUCAUGGAUCAUUUGUUCAAAAUGUAAUUGUUGAAGGCCUUCUUUCUCUUGAUAAGCUUCAAGAAGCUGAAUGUUUUCUUGCCCAGAUGGUAGAUAAAGGUCUAAUUCCUGAUUCAAUCAAUUAUGAUAAUCUAAUUAAGCGGUUUUGUUUUUUGGGAAGACUGAGGAAGGCAGUUGAGCUUCUGAACAUAAUGUUGAAGAAAGGAAAUAUUCCUAAUUCUGCCAGUUAUGAUUCUGUAAUCCAUGGUCUCUGCAUAAAGAAUCAACUGAAUGAAGCAUUGGAUUUUCACGCUGAGAUGUUGGAUAGGGAUCUUAAACCAAGUUUGAAGACAUGGGACAUGCUUAUCCACAAACUUUGCCAACUUGGACAAACUGCAGAAGCAGAAAACCUCCUCAUUUCUAUGGUUCAGUUGGGUGAAACUCCAACGAGACUAAUGUACUCGUCUGUAAUCAAUGGGUAUCGUGUUGAAAACAAUCCGCGGAAGGCAUCUGAGCUCAUGCAAAUGAUGCAACAGAGUGGUUAUGAGCCAGAUUUUGACACUCACUGGUCUCUCAUAAGCAAUUUACAUAAGUCCAAAGACAAGUAUAGUAGUAACAGCAGUCAAGGUUUCCUGUCGAGACUUCUUUCUGGAAGUGGACUUUCUUAUGGAACUAGUAGUGACUCCAAGGUCAAGAUGGGGUAAUACAGAUAUAGUGCGAUAAAGAUAGGGCUUUUUAGCUUUCAUUAAUUGAUCUGUUACAUAACAUUUUCACUAACAUUUUAGAUGUAUUACAGUGUUGGCAGUUUCAGAACCAUGAUAAACGCCAAUUCUUUUGUACCAUCACAUGUAUAUGGCUGAAGUUUGUAACAGAAGUGAAGUUUAUUUUAGAAACUAGUCACUUGGGUUUUUAAAAUUUUUAAAUUAUUAUUGUAUAAAA